GUGUUUUAGUGUUUCACAGAGUGAGUCCUCUUCUCAAGGUUUCCCGCACAUUGCGAAUUUCACAGAAAUAUGAAGGCGUUAAUACUUAUAGGAGGAUAUGGUACUAGACUACGUCCACUGACACUUAGUAUCCCAAAACCACUUGUUGAAUUCGCCAAUAAACCUAUGCUACUUCAUCAGAUAAAAGCUUUGCUAGAGGUUGAUAUAAGUGAAAUUGUACUUGCAAUCAACCGACAAGCUGAGCCUUUGGAAGCAAGCAUAAGGGAGCACUGUAAUUCAGUGAUACAAAAUAGAAAUGUUAAGUUGAUAUUUUCAUAUGAAGAUGAAGCUCUGGAUACUGGCGGUCCAUUGGCACAAGCAGCUCCUUAUUUGGCUGGGGAAAGAUUCUUUGUGCUAAACAGUGACAUCAUUUGUAACUACCCUUUUAAGAGAAUGAUUGAAUUUCAUUUGUCUCAUGGUCAUGAAGGGACAAUGACAGUCACCAAAGUUGAAGAACCAUCAAAGUACGGUGCUGUUGUGCAUAAUGACCAGACUGGUCUUGUUAAGCGUUUUGUUGAAAAGCCAUCAGAAUAUAUCGCCAACAGAAUUAAUGCUGGUCUUUAUAUUUUUGAACCUAGUAUUCUCAAACGUAUUGAGGCGAAACCAAUGUCUAUUGAAACAGCUGUCUUCCCAGAGAUGGUGAGAGAUGGUGAAUUGUACUGCAUGGAAUUCUCGGGAUUUUGGAUGGAUAUCGGCCAACCGGCGGAUUAUUUGGCUGGAUUGCGAUUAUAUUUAGGUCAUUUAUAUGAGUGCAAAUCACCUCUGCUGACAGUUGACCCAGGGCUAAUUGGAAACGUCCUUGUUCACGAAACUGCAAAAAUAGGUCGUGACUGUCGAAUUGGACCUAAUGUAACAAUAGGCGCAGGUGCUAUUAUUGAAGACGGUGUACGCAUAAGUAAUUCUGCUAUAUUUUCAAAAUCAAUUAUUAAAUCACAUGCAUGGUUGAAUAACUGUAUUGUUGGUUGGCGGUCAGUUGUCGGAAAAUGGGUGAGAAUGGAAAAUGUUACAGUUCUAGGUGAAGAUGUAACCGUAAAAGAUGAAUUGUUUUUGAAUGGAGCACUUGUUCUACCGCAUAAUUCAAUAUCACAAUCUGUCUCUGAGCCUCAUAUUAUUAUGUAACCCUUUUUUCUUUUCUCUGUUUGUCCUGUUAUAUUUGUUUUAUUUGGCUUCUUCUUCCCCUUCCUUUUUUUAAAUUCUGCAAUAAUAUCACGUAAACAAGUGCAAUUUACUCUUCUACACUAAUUUACUUACCUACUAGUCAUGAUGUUUAUUUGUAUUGCUGAAAUUCUUUCCGCAAUCUUUUUCAGUUCAUUUAGGUAGUUAAGUUAUAUAUAAUAUAGAUAUGAUGGUUUGAGACAUUUUCAGAUACCCUCCCUCCCCG